AUGACAGAUGCGUGGUCCGUGUCGAACAUUUUGACCCACUACCAUAAAAUCGGCCAUUUGCAGCUGGUGACAUACGCCAUCUACACGGUGAAAGAAGAUGCCAUGGACCAGUACCUUCUCGAGCUCGAGCUUCAGAUCCGGCACCAGCAUCCGCAUAUCUUGUUGAUCUACUACAACAAGAGCCUCUACCACUUCAGUCUCGACGAGCCCAAGAAGUACGACGGCGGCGAAAGCGACAAUUCGGCCGCCAGCGGCUCUUCCAAGUUGCAUCUGCUAUAUCCGCAAUUGAUCCUCCAACACGAGAAUACUGUGGCUGCAGGCGAGUUGGCCAAUCCUUCCCGCGUGGCGAAAAGCGCUGCCAGCAGAAAGAAGGGCAAGGACGACUCGCCCGUGGACGAACAUUUGGCGUUUGCCAGUCUUUCGUUUCUCAAAGCGGUGAAAAAGUGCAUUGUGUACAGCUUGUCCUUGUCGGGCCAGAUGCAGAUCUUCGGCAACUAUCUUGUUGCACGAGCGCCCGGGUCGUCGUUCCAGAAGACCGUGGUGCAGACCGACCCGAUCCUUUUGGCCAACGGCGACCUCAUUGUUUCGCUUUCCCAGCGCAACAGCCUAAAGCUUUUCGAGACUCUGGCUUUGGACGUCCCUCUGGAAAUGGCCGAUUAUGCCAAUUCCUUUGUCAUUUACGUUCUUCCGUCUGGGUUGCGGUGCCACUUGUACGAUACGGUCAACUACGAGCAGAACUUUACUUACGUGGCGUCCAAGUCGAGCGAAAACCUCCUUCGGCUUCUCAAAUACAGCAUGGGCGUCGACUUGACCAAGAAAAAACAGAUUUUAUGGGCCAAGCUAAUCCCCAACUUGCAGCAUCUCAACAACCAGACGUCCAACAUCUCGCAUUUCGUUCAUGACGUCGAAAACAAAAAGUAUAUUCUCUGGCCGUGGGAGCUCUGCCUCUUGCAAUUUGGCUCCGUCGAGGAAUGCGUCCAAACAGACCCUGACCCUUCAGCCAAAGACCCGUUGAGCCUUGUAUCGGACUUUAUCCAGUUUUCCAUCAACUGCCAUAAUGCCGAACCUGCACUAAAACCGCCGGUUCCAGAGCCUAUAGGCUUGACUGAUCCUGGAAGUGUUGGGAAUAUCCCACCUUUUAGCAUUCCGAGUGCUCUUUCCACUGGUGCAAGUACAGGCGGGGAAGAGACAAAGCAUGAAACACAAAUGCUAAACCAAGUGCCUAAUAUUUUUCUGCAAGACGAUACGUUUUUCGACCCUAGCGACCCGAAUGUGGGUCUCGAACAUAAACACAACGCAACUGAGCAACCAAAGUCUGAGGAGGAGGAUUUGGAAGAUCUUUUUGGCUAUAGUCUGGAUUCAGAUACGAAAAAAAACACACAAGACGAAGGAAGCGCAGACGGGAAAGAGGAAGACAUCAAGAAGGAAGAAAACGACUUUAAAGAAGACCAUGAAGACUUCGAACAAGACAAUGAAACCGAGAAUGUCCAAAAGUCACCCGCAUCAAGGGACUCGAAUAUCCAAGAAGAGAGCGACGUGUCUUUCCAAGUGGGCAACAAACAAACAGGGGAAGAAUCUUUCAUCAACAUCCCCAGAGACCAGAUGAUCACAGCGCCUUUUGAACCGCUGACUACAACAUACGACGAUCCGGGGGCGCCGUUGCCGAUUAUGCCCACCCCAAUCCUCCAAAGCACGCCGUUCCACAGUCUGACUGCCAAUACAGCACAGGCAAAGCCACCCGCUGAGGCGAAAAAAGGAGGCCGGGGCCUUUCAGGCGACGGAUAUGUGUUUUCGCCCAUUUCAUUCAACCCCAAGAUCCGAAGCAGCAUCGAUACAAAGUACGGCAAGGGCGGGAAGUUCUACGUGGCCCGUGAGGCAUCGAGCGGGCCAGAAGAGUCCAGAUCGCGUCUUCGAGAGACGAGCGUGUACAAUGCGACGGACUUGCCGUUUCGAAGAGAAGUGAACUCGAGCGCCCCAGAGACCGAAGAGGCUUUUCUGGACGGAAUCGAGAGAAGAGACGAGCGAGGAGAGGAACGAGAAGGAGAAAGAACAGAACCGGCAGAAAUGCAAAGAACAGAUAGAGGAGAUACAAUGCGGACAGAGAGAGGAGAGGCAAUGCGGACAGAUAGAGGAGAGGCAAUGCGGACAGAUAGAGGAGACACCUUCGAUGACACCUUCCACAUGGGCAUCGAAGAUGUCGAAGACGAAGACGACGAAGACGAAGAAGAGGACGACGACGAGGAAAGCGAUGUCGACGAAGAAUUUUCGAGCGGCGAGCUCCGAACGUCGCCGUUGAAGCUCAACACCACUCUGGGAGACAUUUUCCACUGGCCCCCGGCGCUGGCCGUGGACACACAGAAACAGACGCAGGCGUCUUUUGCCUUGGGGUCGGGCCUCUUGUCGCCGGGCCAAACGCGCGCCCUCGGCUCAAAGGGCGAGUCGCCCUUCGGCACCGUUCUUUCCGACACACAGUACCUUUCGUUUUCGCCCAUGCCUGCGGCGGAAAAGGCGCUGUCGCACAUCGACACGGCGAUCGGCGACGAGGCGGAAAAGAAAGAAGAGGCGGCGCCCGCAUCCGGCGCCGGCGAGCUGACAAACUGCUUGCCGCUUAUUUUGCGCAGCAUCAACGUGUACAGCAUUCCGAGCCGGUUUCUUUUGCGGAAGGCUCUUCAGUGGGGCGGCGUGGCACUUGCGCCCGGAUUCGAUAUGGACGUCGACAAUGACGACGACUUUGAUUCGCCGGGCGCACUUUCGGUGCGGGCCGCGCACCUCGACGAGUUUUUGCACUGGCUCACGGGCAACCUUGUGUUCAGCGGCGGCGGGCGCGCGCGCCCGAAACGCAUGCGGCUCUGCGCGCCCGCGCGGAUGCUCGAGGAGGCGGGCGCGCCCCAAAACAGCGCGCCCCAAAACAGCGCGCCCCAAAACAGCGCGCACAACAAAACGGGCGCCGGCAGCGACAGCGUCGCCCUAGACGGCGAGGUUUCGCCCGAGGUGGCGCGGGUGUUUGCGUCGGUGUUCCCGCUCAGCUACCAAAUAGCGCUUGGCGAGUUUGUCACCGAGAGCGAGCAGAAGCCGCCGCCGGCGGACGACCAGCUUUUCCUCGGCGACAUGGGCGAAAACGGCCCCGGCGACGUUUUCUGGCACACGUUGGCGCCGGAGCAGCAGCACCGCGGCGGGUUCGAGCGGUACCGGCGGCAGAGGCUCGACAAGCCCAGCCGGCCGGCCGACGACGCGCACGUGUUCUCGACGGGCGACGUCAAGGCCACCGUGCUCAAAAACGACGACACGCUCAACGUCAGCGUGGUGGGCACGCGGCUCUGGCGCCACUUGAACUUCCGCCCCGUGGGCGGCCCCAAACGGUUCCAGGUGGUGCUCAUUUCCGAGGCCAGCGGCGGCUUGGCGCACGACGCAGCCCACGACUGGGGCGACGCCAUGCUGGGCUUUCUUGCCAUGCUCCAGAGCAGCUUCCGCGAAAACCACCUCGGCAGCAUCAGCCCGUUGAGUCUCCAGCCGCCGGCGACACGGCCCGACCUCGAAGGCAUCAGCAACGGGCUCAUGCUUGUGCCGCGGGCGCCAGGAACCGCGUACCGGGACUUCUACAAAAGCGUCGACCGCCGCUUGUGGGCGCUCGCCGAGUUGGUCAAGUUGGACCUCAUCAACAAGACACGGCGCUUUGACUUUGGGCGCCCGCUUCUUGUGCUCUUUGUGUCGUUCGACCAGAGCCUUGCGCAGGCGCUGCAGCACGCCAAGCUCUGCCGCAACUUGCGGCUGUUUCUCAGCGACCAUCGGUUGGCGGUGGUGGAGCUUUUCUCGCACGUGGUGGCGGGCGACCAAGUGGUGCGGCAGUCGCGCGCGCGGCGGCGCCUCCGGUACUUGCUGGCGGGCGCGCUCGCGCGCUUGUCGCUCGCGUUGUACGACAAGUGCCCGGCGCGGGACACGCGCGCCGCCCGGUUGCACACGCACUUGGUGCGCGCGCCGCCCGAGACGUUGGCGUUGCGGUGGGCGGCGACGGCCGGGCGCGAGUCGUUCCACGACGGCGUUUUUCUCCACGUGGCGUACGAGCGGUCGGUCGACAAGCGGUGGAUCUGCGCCGCGUGGCUGGAUCCGCUCGGCCUCGCCACCGGCGUGCGCCUGUGGUUCUGCCCGAGAGACGGCACGGGCCACAGCUUGGAACAUGUCAUUGGCGCCUUGUGGACCGAGGCGAGCGCGCUGUUGCGGCGGUUGGCCGAGGGCCCCGCCACAGGCAAGCGGUUUCUUGUGCUCACGCGCAUCAGCAGCAUUAUCCCCGACGACGAGUUGGUGUUUUGGAAACAGCUCACGGCAAAGAACAAGGACGUGUCGUUGGUGGUGGUGUCGACCAGCAGACUGCCGCGGAGCUUGUUUGCGCAGAAGGACGGCGGCGCAAAGGUGUUGUCUCCGGAAACUGCCAUGCGGGAAACGGAGAUGGCGAUGAAGGCUGGGGCUGGCGUCGAAGGAAUGGGAGCGGGCGAGUCCGAGAUGGGCACAAUGGGCGCAAUGGGCACAAUGGGCGCAAUGGGCGCGGCAAUUAUGGGCUCUGAUUCGGGCGGCGAAGCCAAAGCGCCCGGCGCAACCAAGGACCCGGGCGAGAAGGCCGAGCUGCCGUUGGCGUUUCUUCGGGGCGCACCUUUCAUGGGCGCGCCGUUUUUGGGCCUCUCGCCGCCCGAGGCGCCCGCAGCAGACUAUGUUUUGCGCGACCCGCGCCUCGACAUUGUGGGCGUGGUGCCUCGAACGCCGCUUCCGUCCUUCAACUCGCCCACUCGCUUCGGCUUGCGCACAGGCUACUUGGUGCGCGAGACGCGAGCAAAGCGCUACUUGGUGUUUGAAGUGACGCUUCUCAGCUGCCUGGCACAUUGGAGCUUGGGCGGAGUCAUGCGCCUUUUGCUUCACCACUAUAAGAAGUUGAUGGUGCUCAACGACAUUUUGGGCGUGGCCGGCGACGAACCGGAGACGUUGGUGCCGUGGCACAUCAAUGCCGUCGUCAAGACUGUGGAUUACUUGGUGCAUGUGAAUGUCGACCAGGCCACGACGCCAUAG